AUGAGCGAAAUAAUCCGUGGAAAGACGUAUAAAUAUAGUUUCGUUGGUCGACGAAAAUGGAAAGGAACUGUUAUCCGGAUAAGAGACUUGGGUGAGGUUUCAAGGGAGCCAAAAGUAAGGGCAAACAAGUGGAAACGAGGAACGAAGAUGGUGAUAGCAUCGACAGCAGAGAAAGAGUGA